AUGAAGCAAGAAGCCACCAGGAUGUGGUCUGGAGGACACACCCUGGACGAUCUCUCUCCUCCCUUUCCACUCUACACCGUACUGAUAACGGUGUACAGUAGCGCAGUGUCGUGUGUCCUCGGAAAGCUGGACAUCGCGCCGAGCCCGCGAGUUAGCGCCAUCUCCUCCCAGACAACCGACGCGCAAGCCCAGGGUUCCGCGGGCCCCUUUGCACUGCUCCUCCACUCGGCCGGUUUCCCCAGAUCUCUGGGCAAUCCUCCGCCGCCGCCGCCCCGUGCACUAACUUUAGCCAAGCGCCGUCCACUUCUUCCCCCAAACGCCCAACGCUGGGCGGAUAGACUCGACGACCCUUUUUUAGAGUUGAAAAGGGGACGACCGGCCUGUGCUAGUUACUGCUUUCUGCUGCGCUGCAUUGCCUGGAGCCCGGCCGCCGGCUCAAUUGAGAGAGAGAAAAAAAGAGACCCUGGCCGAAUGGCUCCGCGCAGCCGCGAGCACUCGUCCGACAGGGACGCCAGCACACGCGCCGCGCAGCCGACGGGGCCCUACGAGGCGCUGGAUUCUCCCAACGGCGACGACAAGAAGCAGCAGGGCUACGCGCUGGACGUGAUGAGCAGCAGCCGCCGCAACGGCAACGGCGCCGGCGCCGGGUACGACGACGACGUGGACGGCAUCAAGAAGGCCAAGGGCGACGACGACCUGAAGCGCCAGGACACGGCGAAUGCGCUGGGCGUCGACGGGGACGAUGAUGACGGCACCGUCGAGGGUGGUAGCAUCAUCGAGCGGCACGGCGCCGGCGCGCCGUAUCGUGUGUAUAAGAGGAGGUGGUUCGGGCUGGUGGCGUUGACGCUGAUGAACGUUAUUGUCAGUUGGGAUUGGCUCACAUUCUCGCCCGUCUCGCAACAUGCAGCUGCCUACUACGGGGAGAGCGAGUCAACCAUCAACUGGCUGUCGACGGGCUUCCUCUUCGUCUUCGUCGUCAUCAGCCCCCUGACCGUGUACAUGCUGCACUGGGGGGUCAAGCCGUCCAUCGUGACGGCGGCGGCGCUGCUGCUCGUGGGCAACUGGGUGCGCUACGCCGGCUCGCACGACAGCGCGGGCGGCACCUUUGGCGUCGUCAUGUUCGGCCAGGUCCUCAUCGGCGCCGCGCAGUCCUUCGUGCUCAGCGGGCCCACGCGCUACUCGGACCUGUGGUUCACGUCGCGCGGCCGCGUCGGCACCACGGCCCUCAUGAGCCUGGCCAACCCGCUCGGCGCCGCCCUCGGCCAGCUCGUCGUGCCCUUCAUGGUCACCCAGCCCAGCGACGUCAGCAGCAUGGUCCUGUACGUCAGCGUCAUCGCCACCGUCAUCUGCAUCCCGUCCUUCUUCGUGCCCGCGGCGCCGCCCACCCCGCCCGCGCCCUCGUGCGAGACCCCCAAGGAGCCCCUGCUGGCCUCGGUGCGCCGCCUCGGCCGCAACCUCGAGUUCUGGCUCAUCCUGCUCCCGUACGGCAUCUACGUCGGCCUCUUCAACUCCAUCUCGUCGCUGCUGAACCAGAUGAUGAUGCCGUACGGCUUCUCCUCGGACGACGCCGGCAUCGCGGGCGCCGUGCUGAUCGUCGUCGGGCUCGUGGCCGCCGCCAUCACCAGCCCCAUCCUCGACCGCACCAAGGCCUUCCUGUUGGCCAUCAAGACGGCCAUCCCGCUGAUCGGCCUGUGCUACCUGGCCUUCGUGUGGAUGCCGGCGACGCGCGUCAUGGCGGGGCCGUACGUGGUGCUGGCCGUGCUGGGCGCCGCCUCCUUCAGCCUCGUGCCCGUGGCCCUCGAGUACCUGAUCGAGCUGAGCCACCCGUGCUCGCCCGAGGUCACCAGCACCGCCGCCUGGUCGCUCGGCCAGCUGCUCGGCGCCACCUUCAUCCUCAUCAGCGACGCCCUCAAGGCCCCCGCCGACGCCGACCCCCCCGCCAACCUCGACCGCGCCCUCGUCUUCCAGGCCGUCAUCGCCCUCGCCGUCGUCCCGCUGCCCCUGUGCCUGGGCCUGUUCGGCCGCGCCGACCGCGUCAAGCUGAGGCGUGUCGAGAGCGACAACCGGGUCCUGCAGCGCGCCUCCGAGGCGUGA